CAUUGCUGAAACUAAUUCUCUUCUUUGGACUCUUGUUCUUGUUGUUAGUCUUUGAUUUCUCAAUCACUUUAUUUAUCUUUUUUUAUGCUUGGGUUUAUAUAUAUUCUACUCGAAUGCCGUUGUUUAUCAUUUGGGAUACUUGCCUGUAUUGGUUGAGAGUAAUCCAAAUCAAACCUGAAGGCUGUCAGAGGAAGUUCAUAUUGUGGGGAAGUUUAGAAGUUAUGGAGUGAGGAUUUAACAGAUAAAGGAUGGAAUGAGCUUAAAACUAUAAAACAUAUUCAGGGGAAUUUUGCUGCGUGGUGAAUGAAAAUGGGUUUUGAGCCAUUGCUUUGGUAUUGUCAGCCGGUGGCAAAUGGCAUUUGGGCACAGACAACAGAUGGUGCUUUUGGUGCCUAUACACCUUGUGCCACUGACUCUGCUGUGAUUUGCAUUUCUCAUUUGGUUCUUCUAGGCUUAUGCUUCUAUCGAAUUUGGCUAAUUAAAAACAAUCCCAAAGUUCAGAGGUUUCGUUUGAGAUCAAAUCAUUAUAAUUAUAUGCUGGGUUUGUUGGCUGGUUAUUGUGCUGCUGAGCCCUUGUUCAGAUUGGUUAUGGGUAUCUCAAUUUUCAACUUGGAUGGACAGAUCAAUCUUCCUCCUUUUGAGCAUGUGCUUGCAGUGCCAUAUGAUUCCCUUUUCCUAAUGUAUCCAUGGAAGUAG